AUGGCACCUACUGCUUGUGUCCCUCCCGUUGAGAUUCUCGCGACCAAACACAAACCUGAGAUAAUACAUUCUCAUAAUAAUUUCAAUGCGCUCGGUAAUCAUGGAGGGGACGAAUCGUUGCAAUCGAGGUUGACGGCCAAGGACCUCGUCCUGGAUGUCUUGAAGAAGCGUGCGGCUGAAGUGGAUGUUGACCGCUGUGGCGCCGGAGAGGAGGAUGCGUUCUAUGUGGCAGACAUGGGCGAGAUCUACCGCCAGCAUUUGCGCUGGAAAAUGCAAUUGGGCCGUGUGAAGCCUUUUUACGCGGUCAAGUGCAAUCCCGACCCGGAGAUUCUUCGUCUCAUGGCUCAGCUUGGAAAUGGUUUCGACUGUGCUUCCAAGGCUGAGAUUGACUUGGCCCUCGCGACCGGUAUCGACCCGAGCCGCAUCAUCUACGCGCAGCCUUGCAAGACCAAGUCGUACUUGCGCUAUGCGGCUCAGGUGGGAGUGAAGCAGAUGACCUUUGACAACGCGGACGAGCUUUACAAAAUCAAGGCGUGUUUCCCGGACGCUGAGCUGUACCUGCGCAUCUUGACGGAUGACUCGACUAGCUUGUGCCGUCUGAGCAUGAAAUUCGGCGCAUCUUUGGAUGUCGCGCGCCAGCUUCUCGAAUUGGCCGCGCAGCUCGAGCUCAGGGUGGUUGGCGUGAGCUUCCACGUCGGCUCGGGUGCCGAGGAUCCCAGCGCGUUCGUCAAAGCUGUCCAGGAUGCGCGUAUGGUGUUUGACCAGGCGAUGGAAGUGGGCCACGAGCUCCACACUUUGGAUGUGGGCGGUGGUUUCAGCCAUGACACGUUCGAGAAAUUCGCUGGAUACUUGGGCGAGGCGCUUGAUGCCUACUUCCCGCCUCACAUUCGUAUCAUCGCGGAGCCUGGUCGCUACUACGUGGCCAACGCCUUCACCUUGGCGGCCAACGUCAUUGCGCGCCGCGACCUCCCUGACCCGACCGAUUCGACGCGCGACGCGUACAUGGUCUACCUGAACGACGGCGUGUACGGCAACUUCUCGAACAUCAUCUUCGACCACCAGCAUCCGGUCGCGCAGAUCCUGUCCUGUGCGAAUGGCAUCGACCGCUCCGCUGAGGGCGUUCACUACUCCAUCUGGGGUCCUACCUGCGAUGGUAUCGAUGUCAUCACCCAGCAUAUCGUGCUGCCCGGAAUGUUGGAUGUCGGAGACUGGCUGUUCUUCGAGGAGAUGGGAGCGUACACCAAGUGUAGCGCCACGCGUUUCAACGGUUUCUCCGACAACCACGAGGUGAUUUACAUCUCUAGCGAAGCCGGAGCAUCUGCUCUCCUCGACUACUGA